AUGGCUGCGAGAAUUCCUGCGAGGCGGACGUUCUCGUCUACGAAUAUGCCAAAAGACGUCGUCUACAGACCACACGAGGGCAAGAUUGGUAUUGUCACAGGAGGCUCGAGAGGUAUCGGAGCCGCUGUAGCUCGCAAUUUGGCUGCCAAAGGAUGCUCGUUGCUUCUCGUUUACACCUCAGACUCAUCCACCGAACCUACCAAGGCCUUAUGUGAAGAGCUCAGCAACGAGUAUGGCAUUGUCUGCACCUCGGUCCAGGCAGAUCUGUCAGAACCCAGUCGAGCAGCUCCUCAUAUUGUGUCAACCGCGAAAAACAACUUCUCUCAUCCUCGUACUGGAGCCUUCCAGAUCGACAUUAUUAUCAACAACGCGGGAAUCGCCGGGAACAAACUGUUGAACGACCCAGAGUUGGGGCCAAUUGAAGAGACGCAAUUCCACAAGCAGUACAAUGUGAAUGUCCUUGCUCCUCUGCUGCUCGUCCAAGCGUGUCAGCCAUAUCUGCCCAAGGAUCGCUCGGGUCGCAUUGUGAAUGUCUCGAGUGUGUCUGCUUCUCUCGGGUGUGAGUCACAGUCGAUUUAUGCAGGAACAAAGGCGGCGCUUGAAGCAAUGACGAGAGUAUGGGCUCGUGAGUUGGCGGAAAAUUGUACUGUCAACGCCAUUAACCCAGGACCGGUUUGGGGGGACAUGUACAGCCAAGCAGGGGAGAAGUUCUGGAAGAUCAAUCAGCAGUAUGUGGACCAAGCUCCUUUGAUGAACUACAAGGGUGGCGAUGCUGCUAUUCAGAGCCGUGCAGGUGGAAAUCCCGAGGAGUAUGACAAUAUUGUUCUGAAAGGGAUGGGUGGGAAGAGACCAGCAUUCACCGAUGAAAUCGCAGGCGUGAUUGGGAUGCUUUGUUCGGAGGAAAGUGGUUGGACCACUGGUAGUGUCAUUUGUGCAAACGGGGGAAUGAAGAUGUCGAUAGCUUGA